GCCGUGGUUGGUUGUUUCCGAGGCAACCGCACCCAACAGUUCCAGCUCUGCCAGAGCCCGGCAAGCCUGCUAGCAGGAGGUCUCCCGCCAUGUGCGCCGCCGAAGUGGACCACAACGUGGCCCGGAGAUACGUACUCAAGCGGCGGCUCGGGAAGGGGGACACAGCACAGAAUGAGUGGCCUUGUGUCUGCAGGGACAAUGCCUACGGCAUUGUGUGGAAAGCAGUGGACCGGAGAACUGGUGAGAUUGUUGCCAUCAAGAAAAUCUUUGAUGCCUUUAGGGAUAAGACAGAUGCCCAGAGAACAUUCCGGGAAAUCAUGCUGCUCCAGGAGUUUGGGGACCAUCCCAACAUCAUCCGCCUCCUUGACCUGAUGCAGGCAGAGAAUGACAGGGACAUUUACCUGGUGUUUGAGUUUAUGGACACCGACCUGCAUGCCGUCAUCAGGAAGGGUGGGCUGCUAAAGGACAUCCACAGGCGCUACAUCUUCUACCAGCUCCUGUGGGCCACCAACUUCAUCCACUCAGCCCAGGUCAUCCACCGGGACCUGAAGCCAUCUAAUAUCCUCCUGGAUGCCAACUGUAUGGUGAAGGUCUGUGACUUUGGCCUGGCCCGCUCUCUGAGCAGCCUCCCCGAGGGGACUGAGGGCCAGGCCCUGACUAAUUACGUGGCCACACGCUGGUACCGAGCUCCAGAGGUUCUGCUGUCCUCAAGCUGGUACACCCCUGGGGUGGACAUGUGGAGUCUGGGCUGUGUCCUGGGGGAGAUGCUGCGGGGGCAGCCCCUGUUCCCAGGCACGUCCACACUCCACCAGCUGCAGCUAAUCCUGGAGACCAUCCCACCUCCACUGGAGGAGGAACUCUCGGCUCUCGGCUCAGGCUGCAGCACCUCCAUACUGCACAGCUUGGGGUCCCGGCCACAGCAGAUGCUAGACACCAUCCUGCCACCAGACACACCUCCUGAGGCUCUGGACCUUCUCAGGCUGCUCCUGGUGUUUGCCCCCCACAAGCGGCUCACUGCGGCCCAGGCCCUGCAACACCCCUAUGUGCAGAGGUUCCACUGCUCUGGCUGUGAUCAGAUUGGGCGUGCAGAUGUGCAGCUCCUGGCACAGGAUGGAGUCCAGCUGUCCGCCACCGAGUAUCGCAGCCGCAUCUAUCAGAUGAUCUUGGAGCAGAGAAGCAAUGGUUGUGUCCUCAAAAAGGAGGGCCUGAGGGGCGCCCCCCUGGGGGCAGAGCCCAGGGCUUCCAGGUCCUAUGCGCACCUGCUCAAGCCCAGAGCUGGCCCCCAGCUCUCCUUGGGGCCGCCUGUGCAGAACCCUGGACUCAUGCCUCAGAGUAGCCCUAGCCUGGAUCCAGAGCACGAAGCCCCCAGAGCAGCUAAGAACAUUCUCAGUCGGAACCCAGCCUCCCUGCCCCAAUCUGCGACCCCUGGGGUGGAGGUAGAGCCCCCCUCCCUCCCUUCACGGCUGAAGCACAACAUAAGAGGGGCAGCCCCCUCCCUGACCUCACAGGCUGCAGCCCAGAUGGCCAAUCAGGCCCUGAUCCGCAAGGACUGGUCCCAGUGCUGUGGGGUGAGGGCAGCUGGCCCACACCUGGUGAGCCCGGCCUGCGUCCCACCUUUGCCUUUCCAUUCCCCCAACCCUCAAAGGUCGCCCCUUCUCCUCUCUCCCAGGCCCACUUUCCCUUAUGCUGACCCCUACCUGCAGAUCCCUCCUCAGCUUCCCCCAGACCCUCGGCCUGGCCGGAAGAUGUUCAGCUCUUCUGCCUCACAGGGGGCCCUGGGGGCUGCCCGGUCCAUGCUCGGGGGCUACUCUCAGGCCUAUGGUACCAUCUGCCACUCAGCACUGGGCCGCCUGCCCCUGCUCCCAGGACCACAUGCGUGAGCUGCCCUACCUGCCCAGCCCCCUUCCCCUUUGGCUACAUUUAAGUUUGGGGAAAUUGGGCCUCUUUGGGGGAGUAGAUGAGGACCCCACCCACACCCUAGUGACUUUCUCCAAUAAAGUCUGUCUGU